GCAGAGGGCGUAGUAUACCGAACGUCAAGCUGCAAGGUAUUGUCAGAAAUUCUGUGAUAUGACUUGACUUUGUGAGGUUAUUUUCUAUGGAGCAAAUUCAGCACAGAAUAUAUAUAUAUUGGCUACAAUCUAAGCGAAUAUCAAGAAGGCAUUAGGACCCAAAUUUACGUAUUUUCGUUUGACUUGACGGCCGACGGAGAGACCGAGAGCUCGGAUCGACUUCCAGGUUCCAGUUGCAAUUAGGAUAGGAGCAGCAGAGGAGCGGGGAUCAUGGAUGACUUCUCGGGCCCCAGUCCGCUAAGGAUGCGGUGUCGCAUUGCCUUCGCAGUCACUGGACUUAUUGUUGGGCUGGCCAUCUUUAUUUGCUUCAUCGCUGCUGAACAAUUUUAUAAUCUACACAUCGCUCUGUGGGGAUUAGCAAGUGGAGUAUUUGCUUUUCUCACACUCACUGUUCACAUCCAACAUAUGAGAGGACAUCGAGACCUGUGGGUUUAUCGACUUAAAUUCUUCAUCGUUCUUGGAUUCUUUGUCCAGCUUGGUUCAUUGAUUGCCUUGGUUACAUAUGUGGUACUUGGAGCUGUCAGAGGACAAGAUCUGAUGCCAGUAAACGGAAAUGACAAGGGAUUCUAUCUUGCAGCAGUAUGGGUGUUCAUGACCUGGAAGUGGUCCUUUGCUCUGUUCAUAUACUCAAGGUCAUACAGAAAAGGCUAUGUUACAAGUGAUGAGAAUCUCUUGAUUUAAAGGAUCCAUUAAACAGGGUAUGAUAAAAACAUGUGUUUAUAUAAAAAGGAAAGCAUCCUUUACAUCACCUCAUGAUACCAUUAUACAAAAGUUUAUUCAAAUGCACAACAUUCUUGAUUGAUGAGGAAUGAUUCUCCAAGAAAUUGGAAAUUCAUAUAUUUGGCAUUUUGCUGUUGUGUGUGUAAAUACUACAUGUAUUUAAUGUGCAUGUACACAUGCUCAUUGGAUUAUCACAGAUGCUACAUAAAGGUUUAAAUGUUCUCUCAAAGUAUCUUCCGCCAUGAAGAAGAGAGUUUAUAUGCAGGAAAGGCAAAAAGAAACAUGCCUUUUUAUUAUGCAACACUUCAAUCAUUGAUCACCUUGGAUAUGUUCCUUGUGUAUUACAACUUUGCUUGUAUGCACUCAUUCAUCCUGCCCUGGUUAAAGCAACUAGCCAUAUGUCAUUGCCUUUUACUUGAUCUGUAUUGAACCAUUAUUUCAUUCAUUUCAUAGAGAUAUAAUUUUCAUUAGAACAUUUCCAAGGGGUGUUUCUUAAAGCUGUUUAGGAGUAUAUUAAAGCAACUAAAAUAAAGUGCCAAGAGCCACAGUUACAGUAUUUACUGAAUCAAUGAUGCAAUAUAUCCCAUCAUUUCCUGUGCUUGGGUUAUAUUUUUAAUGCAUUUCACAAACAGACGUGCACUUUUUAAAACAAUCUUUUGGUCUUUCUAUGAACUACCAUGCAGCAUUACAUCUGUUUUGGUCAGUCCAAGAAUUGAUAGCAUUUCAGCAAGAACUACAAAUUUUUGUCAUUUAGAUAGAAUCUCUUUAUGUUUGUGUAAAAGAGCUUUAAGCUAUAUAAAGAAAGAAUAUAACAGUAAAAUUGUGUGAAAGUCUCAAGAGUAUUAUUGCUUAAUAUUAAUGAGAUAUGCAAACAUUUUGUUUUGCAAUGUAAUUUUUGUGUUUUUUAGAGGGGGUAAUGUGAGACUCAAUACUAAGAUGUAUGUGCACCUGUAUUGUUAUACAUGUACAUUGUAGACAGCCAAGUUCAGCUUAUUUUAUUACUAUGUUUUUUUUAUACGCAGAUGAUUCUAUUAUUGACCUAUGGAAUGUAUGAAGUACAUGUACUUUAAAUCACAUGAUGGGUCACGGCAUGGGGGGGGGGGCAGCAGCAAAAAAUUUUGAGUCACUGAUUAGUGGGCACACAAGAUGUGCUCAAUAACCAGGUAUAGGCCCACUUACCUAAAACUAAAGACAUUUUGAGGACUUUGCCAUUAAAUGCAUAUGUUUCUCACUGAUUACAUGUACAUUUGUAAAUUAUGCCA